AUGGAGAGCCGGCCUCGGCCGCGGGCCCCCCGCGCGGCCCCCUGGCUCCUGGGCCUGCUCCUGAGCCCCUGGACCCUGCGGCUCACAGGAGGGCAGUCGGUGGAGCGCCCUGGCCCCCCGAUUCUGGCCUCUCUGGCCAACCAGGCCGUGUCCUUCAGCUGCAGGAUCACCUACCCGUACACCCCGGAGUUCAGGGUCUUCUCCGUCAGCUACUUUUACGUGAACCGCCAGGGCCAGGAGAGCGCCGAGGAGCCGACGGGCUGCCAGCCCGGCACGGGCCAGGAGAACCAGACGCUCACCACGGCGUGCCGGGUCGCCCCCAGGCUGCCCAGCGCACUGGCCACCGGCACCUACUACUGCUCCGUCCGCUGGCCGCACGCCCGGGUGCGCGGCCCGGGCACCUUCAUCCUGGUCCGAGACACAGGCUACCGAGAGCCCCCGAGGGUGCCUGAGAAGAUCCUGCUCUUCGGCUUCCUCGGCCUCCUGGCUGCCCUGAGCGUCCUGGCCACGGCCCUGCUGCUCUGGCAGAAGAAGCAGAUGCGGGCUUCCUGGAGGCAGCUGGCUCAGAGGAUCCCGGCCGCCAAGAUCCCGCCCCCGAAGAUCCCGGCCCCGAGCACGGCCAGCCCCAAGCAGCCUCCUGAGGAGUCCGCCUACAUGGCCCUGCAGCGCCAGGACACGGGGAUCUACGCCUGCAUGCAGAGCGAGGCCGGCAGCCCGCCCGCCAGGAGGUCCUUCCUCUCCCAGGAGAAUGCGCAUCGAUGUCAGAGUGAGAGCGAGUUUAACCUGGUCUAUGAGAACCUCUAG